AUGAAUCUCUGGCUAUGCACUCUCUCGUUGAUCCCACUCGUGGAUGCAUGGACUUUUCUGUACACCAACGCGACCGGACAUGCCACCAUCCUGCAUGAAACUGGAACGGACAAUUGCACACAAAUCGACCUAGCGGGAGGGAAACUCUUCUCUUGGGAUCCUGAGGACUCAGGUCUUUGCAUCUCGAUAUACUACGAUGCUAUGUGCAAAGAAAGAGGGGGCCUCACUUGCAACGCUUGGAGCAAGAACGCAAGUACGACGUUCCAUGGCAUCCAAAUAUACUCCGAGUCUGAUGCUUCUUCUGCAUCUGUUUCCACCUCGACACCGACCCCUACAUCAUCUGCCUCCUCUACCUCAAGUUCUACCUUAACAUCAACGACCAGCUCCACAUCCACAUCGUCUACCCCUACAUCCACUACUACCUCCACAAACCCUGCAACAGCGGCAAGUGGAUCUUCAUCGUCACUCUCCGGCGGCGCUAUUGCCGGCAUAGUGAUUGGAGUUCUGGCCGGCGUCGCCGUCGUCGGAGCGUUGUUCUUCUACUUUGGACGCCGAAACCGAAGGAACGACCAUGUACCUGCUGGUAAUGAGCAAUCCGGCCCGAAAUCCGGCUCAAUAUCUGGAGAGCCACACGGCCCAUAUUCUCCUCAAGCAUCAAUGCUACCAGCUGGAUAUGUACAGCCACCAUACACGGAUAACUCAGAUAAAGCUCCAAAUUCAUCUAGCGGCAUGUCAUCAGUACGUCCCGCUCCGGGAUCUCGAGUUGUGGAACUAGCAGGUCAUGACCGUGCGGUCGAGUUGGGAAAUAGCCCAAUCAGUGAAUUAGAUGGCCAGCCGUCGGAGAAGUUCUCUUAUCGAUUCUAA